ACAAUUUCAUCAAUUAGAUAACCAAAACCAAAAAAAAAUCACAGAAGGAAAAAAAGAAACUUGAAACUUUCUUCAAUGGCGAAAGAAGAAGAGAAGCGAACUCCACCGUCGUCGGAACCUCUUCUUCCUUCUUUGUCGCAAUCUUUACCCCAACCCGAAGAUCUUCCGCCGGAAACCUCUACUCCUCCGUCUAAGUUUGAUCCUAGUCGAAUGAUUGGGAUCAUCAAAAGGAAAGCUUUGGUUAAGGAUUUGGCUGCAGCUUACCACACUGAGUGUCUUGCUCUUUGUCGAGAUCUUCUUGAGCUCCAAAAGAGAAAAGACGAGCCGUUUCUGGACACAAAAGCAACUGAAGAUCUGAGAAAAGAGACGUUAAGGUCUUCUUCCAAACGAGCUAAGAAAAAGCGUUAUAAAGUAUGUAUGAUGCCUUAAUCUUACUACGUAGGUAUGAUUUGUUCAUAGAUGGGAUUCUUAUGAUACUUCAGGUGAUGUAAGAAACUUUGUUGGAAAAAAAAAAUUGAAACUUUACAACACA